GCGGUACGUGUGAAGGACACAUUGUCGUUAAUUUUUCACUGAUUUCACAAUUAAAUACGUUGUUUAAACGCUAUAUUCUCGAGUGUGUUAUUGUUGCUAUUGAUAAUGGAGCCUGGUACCAGUGUCUGUUCUGAGAUGAAAGAAACGAUGAAGAUGUUACAUCGUAUUUAUAAUAAGCUCGGUUUGAAAAAGAAACAGACCAUUGAGUCAUACAAAAAACAUUAUGGCGACGGUUUCAGUAAUAGUGUGUUGUAUGCGUCGAUACUUACAGGUCUGCAUCCAUGUGUUUUAUUGAAGAUAAAGGAUGGAUCCGUUAAUCCCAGUAAAACUGAAUACUCACCAUCUUUAUGUAUAGAUCGAGCAGAUAUACUUGGCGAAUUAAAAAUCUUCUAUUUCGUUAAACAAAUCAUGCCGACAACUAGACAGUUGUAUGAUGCAUUACAAGAAAAGCUACCUCCAUAUAUGGACAUAGCUUCUUUUAGGAAACAGCUUGCUUUCAUGGAUUUCAUGUGGAGACAUAUAUCACAGAGAUUCUACGUUAUAGAGAGACCCGAAGUUGUUUACGAAAGAUAUAAAUAUCUGAAGUGUAUAAUUGAAUACCACGAUCAGAACAAGCCAAUAUAUUUUAUAGACGAAAUGGCGUUCAAAAAGGUAAUUGUCAAUAAUAAAUGUACAUCUUAUCAUGUGUCUAACGAUGUCAACUAUCCUGGUACUGAAGUGAAGAUAGUAUACGCUGCAUCUAAACACGGUAUUAUGUUUAACUGUGUUGAAAAUUUCAAUGGAAAAGAGUUGGGAUAUUUUUUAUGUGAUACUAUUAUGCCAAAUCUAGCUGAAAACAGUUUGAUAGUUAUGAAGAACACAAAGCAUCAUUGCGAUCAGUUAAUAAAAUCUAAACCGAGCUUAGACAGUUUGAUAUGUGAUUUGAAGGAAUGGCUCGAUCUCCGUGAAAUACCUUAUGAUGAGAACAUGUGCAAAGCUGAAUUAUAUGCUUUGGUGGAGAAAUGCACUGACAAAGAUAAUAAUUUUUAUGUAGCCGAUAAUAUAUUUACGGCACGUGGUCACACAGUUAUUAGAAUACCGGAUCAUAUAGAAAAUUUGACACCAACCAAUUUAAUUUUCAAUGUGGUGCAAACAUCUCAUGUACCGAAGCCCUUUGAAGGUGCACAGUUGCGAAAUAUUGCUAUACAGUUUUUUGAAAGUUUCGACGAGAAUCAUUUGGAGAGUUACUUCGAUAUCGUAAUGAAGGAGAACAUAAAACUCUUUAAUGACGAUGUUAAAAUCGAUGAUAUGUUGGAUUCUUUAGUUACAAAGAUGGCUGGAGUUACUUUUGAUGGAGAAGAGGAUUCCGAUAUACCAUCAGACAGCGAAUCUGACGUGGAAUCAUAAUAAAUGCCUGCUUCAUUUUUUAAUAUAUUCUCGUUUAAUUUUGUUCUGUUUAAACAAUAAAUAAAAUUAUUUCUUUUAUAAAAAGAACUUCUAUUUUAUCCUUCUUGAGUUCCUUACGACUAAUAAUUCAAUAACAUUAAAGUAUCUCAUUGUUUUUCUACAUCAUUGAUAAUCACCGUUAUAUCAUACUCAAGUCAAUUGACGCAUGAAUUAAU